GCUAUCUUUGUUUGGUGUUCAGUAUCACGUGAAAUUGAUAUAUACUGAUGGUUAUGUUGUUAUGAUGGAUUAUGGGUUUAUCAAAGUGGUGGAUGUGGGGCUGCGAAAGGGCGACUGUUCCUCCCUUCCUCUCUACCAGUUAACGAACUAUAAUUUCAGUGAAGACGAUGGAUGGAACUUGGUCAGAGGAUUCACGGUGACCAUUGUGUCUUGCUCAAAGCAAGUGAGAUCUCAUUCAUAUAUCAGCACCGAACCAUGUAUAGUUACAGAAGGGUAUCAUUCAUACGCCAUCAUCAACGCACAUCCACCGGAUAUUGAGGAUUUUUGCACCAUAACCACGUCAAUAUUAGCACCAGCACCAAAACCAGAAUCAGCUUAUUCAUGGUAUCCAGCACCAGCACCAGCACCAGCUUAUUCAUGGUAUCCAGCACCAGCUUCUUCAUGGGAUUCAGCACCAGCUUAUUAUUCAUGGUAUCCGGAGAAUCGCACAAUCUCCUACAACGACAUUCACAAUGCGAUGGCGGACGGGUUUAACCUCGGCUACUCGCCUCCCCUGGAGAAAACAUAUAAGUUUUGCUUCUUAGGCUUCCGAUACCUAGGGACAAAAAUGAUGAGAUGCACAAUCUUCCAUUCCUACGACUUACCCUUCCACCCAUCUCAAUGGGAUACGGCGCUAAACGUUGCAUUCAAUACCGUUUCUGAUGCCGUUUCUAUCUUUGCUCACUUCCUGGCAACAAAAUUCAUAUUCGGAUCUCCAUGUGUGUUGAUACUUCUAAUCUAUAAGUGGAUGAGAAGACACCAAGCAAUAGACGCAAACAUCGAAGAAUUUCUACAAGCUCACAACAACUUUUUGCCCAUAAGGUACUCUUACUCAGAUAUCAAGAAGAUCACAAAAAAUUUCAAAUACAAGUUAGGUGAAGGGGGAUAUGGUUCUGUGUACAAAGGAAUGCUUAAGAGUGGCAAUGAAAUUGCGGUUAAGAUUUUGAAUAAACCAAAAUCUAAUGGCCAAGAUUUUAUAAGUGAAGUGGCCACAAUUGGAAGGAUCCAUCACGUUAAUGUGGUGCAACUUGUUGGUUUUUGUUUCGAUUAUUCCAAACAAGCUCUUGUCUAUGAUUUCAUGCCGAAUGGAUCCUUAGAUAAGCACAUUAUCUAUAAAGAUGGAGAAGAUUCUCUUGAUUAUAAGAAAAUGUAUGAGAUAUCUCUUGGCAUAGCUAGAGGUAUAGAGUAUCUACAUCGGGGAUGUGACAUGCAAAUUCUACACUUUGACAUCAAGCCUCAUAAUAUUCUCCUAGACCGAAGUUUCACCCCAAAAGUUUCUGACUUUGGACUCGCAAGACUUUACCCCUCUAAUCGCGACAUAGUAACAUUGACCGCAGCAAGAGGAACCUUGGGAUACAUGGCACCCGAGCUAUUCUAUAAGGACAUUGGUGGCAUUUCUUACAAAGCUGAUGUUUAUAGUUUCGGGAUGAUGUUGAUGGAAAUGGCUGGUAGAAGGAGAAAUGUAAAUGCAAAUGCAGAGGAUUCGAGUCAAAUUUAUUUUCCUUUGUGGGUUUAUGAUCAUCUCGGCAAAAAAGAGGAGCUUCAGAUGGUAGAUGCCACAGAAGAGGAAAGAGAGGCCACGAGGAAAAUGAUAAUCGUUGCUCUUUGGUGCAUACAGCUGAACCCUAAUGAUCGACCAUCGAUGCGGCGGGUCAUUAAUAUGCUAGAAGGAGAGAUCAAUGGACUACAAGUUCCCCCAAAACCACUUUUGUAUCCGACGGAGACACCAGUUGAUUAUGUCGAGACUGAGAUUGAACUUAAAGCUCUCUCAUCUUCUUCAAGUGUUCCAACAAUUUCUAGUAGUCACUGGUAUGGGCACGAUAACAAGAUUUCGGAAUCUUGUUUGGUGUGAUAUAGUUUCUCAUGUAGAAAUUGAAUACAAGUGCUAUCACUAGUGCUUGAUUUACUGGUGUAAUCCUUAGGGCUAUCUAUUGGUAUAGCACUCAUGAUAUAUUGGUGUUUAAAUAAAUUUGGACACAGAAGCCUCACUUACAAGAAUUUUGAUUCAA